GCCGGACGGAAAUAUAGACGAUUCCGGCACACGGGUGUUACACUGGCCGGACGAUGGAACCGGAGAGAGAGAGAGAGAGAGAGAGAGAGAGAGAGAUAUGGGAGGAGCUGCUGUAGAGAGAUGUGCGUCUCCCUUUCCAUGAAAUUCGAAUUUUUCGACGGUUAGCCUGUAAAGUGAAACCCACCCCUUCCCACCUUUGAAUGCUCUCCCAUUCCAAAGCCAAACUCCUUCAAUACCUCACCUUUGCAUCUUUUAAACAAUGCACCCAAAUCCAUGCACAGAUGAUCAUAACUGGGAGGGCUCGCCGCCCACCCGCAAUCUCUCAUCUAUUGAGAUCGCUCGUGGAUCUCGACACCUGCAAUCUCCCCUACGCCCUCGCCAUCUUUCGUCAGAUUCCGGGCCCCACCACAUUCUUAUGGAAUACCAUCAUCAGGGCCUGUUCAAGACACGGCGCCCCGCAAGAAUCCAUCUCUUUUUAUCUCGAAAUGUGCCGCAACAGCGUGGUUCCAGAUAACUACACCUUCCAGUUCUUGUUCAAGGCCUGUGCUCUGUGUUUUUCGUUCAGAGCAGGGCAGGCGAUCCACGGUAAUCAUAUUAAGGUAUUUGAUGCAUCUGAUGUUUUCGUGGGGAAUUCUCUGAUUCAUAUGUACUCGGAGUUUGGAUGGGUUGAUGUCGCCCGACGAGUUUUUGAUGAAAUGGGUCAGAAGAAUGUGGUGUCGUGGACGGUGAUGGUUGGUGGUUAUGUGAAAAUUGGAGACAUGGGGAAGGCUCUGAGGGUGUUUGAUGAAAUGCCUGAGAGAAACGUGGUUUCUUGGACUAGCAUGAUUGCUGGUUAUGUUCAGAAUGAUCUCGCAGAAGAAGCUGUUGGGUUUUUUAAAAGGAUGGUGGUGGAUGGUGUUAAACCGGAUGCUGUUGCGAUGGUUUCAGUGCUCUCCGCUUGCACGCAAUUAGGGGAUUUGGAUUUGGGCAAAUGGGUUCAUCAGUUUGUUGAUAGAGAGAAGAUCAGCAUUACUCAAAAUUUGGGUGUUGCUUUGAUUGAUAUGUACACAAAGUGUGGAGAUGUAAAUGCUGCGCGCCAGGUUUUCGAUAGAAGGGUUUGGAAGAUUGUAGCUGCUUGGAAUGCCAUGAUCAAUGGUUACUGUAAAUUAGGUGAUUUUGAAAAUGCUCGUUUGCUUUUUGAUCAAAUGGGCCAGCGUGAUCUCAUCACAUUCAAUUCGAUGAUCACAGGCUACAUCCAAAGCAGUAGCUUCAUGGAGGCCUUAUUAUUGUUCUCAGAGUUGCGGGCUUCGGAUUUGAAGCCCGAUAAGUUCACGAUGGUGGGUCUGCUCACUGCUUGUGCGAACUUGGGUGUGCUCGAUCAGGGGAAGUGUUUGCAUACUUUAAUCGAGGAAAGUCCAAUUGAAUCAGAUGUUUUCCUUGGGACGGCACUUGUAGACAUGUAUGCAAAGUGUGGGAGGAUAGAUCAAGCCAUAUUGGUCUUUAAUAGAAUGCAUGAGAAGGAUGUGUUAGCUUGGACCGCAAUGAUUUCAGGCCUGGCAAUGCAUGGUGAUGGGAAAUCUGCUCUCACCCACUUUUCGCUGAUGCAAAAGGAAGGGAUUCAGCCUAAUAGAGUGACAUAUAUUGGUGUUCUAAAUGGCUGCAGCCAUUCGGGCCUCGUUCAAGAAGGUCGGCAGCAUUUCAGUGAGAUGACAUCUUUGUACAACAUAGAGCCUGAGGUUGAACACUAUGGAUGCAUGGUUGAUCUUCUCGGCCGUGCCGGUUACCUAGAGGAAGCAGAUGAGUUUGUUCAAAACAUGCCGAUGGAACCAAAUGCCGUUAUAUGGGGGUCGUUGUUAGGUGCUAGUAGAGUUUAUAACAAUGUCACUUUUGCUGAAAAUGCAGCAAAGCAUCUUCUUGUUCUAGAGCCUGAUAAGGAUGCUGUAUAUGUACUCCUAUACAAUGUAUAUGCGAGUACGGGAAGAUGGGCCAAUGCCGCCCAGAUCAGGGGCAUGAUGGAAGAGAAGGGGAUAAAAAAGAUAGCUGGGUGUAGUUCCAUUGUGGUGGAUGGGCAAAUACAUGAAUUCACUGCAGGCGAUAGAUCGCAUUCUCAAUUCGAGGAAAUCCAAAUGAUGAUCGGUGAAAUGGCAAAGCAACUGAAAUUAGUAGGGCAUGAGCCAGGCACAUCGGAAAUCUCACUGGAUAUUGAUGAGGAGGAAAAGGAAGAUGCUUUGUUUAAUCACAGUGAAAAGAUGGCUAUUGCUUUUGGGAUCAUGAGAUUAGGGGUCAAUCUGCCUAUUCAUGUACUUAAGAAUCUACGAGUGUGCAGAGAUUGUCACUCUGCAAUCAAGUUAAUUGCUAAGAUUUGGAAUAGAGAGAUUGUAGUUAGAGACCGGAGUCGGUUCCACCAUUUUAGAGAUGGGUGUUGUUCCUGCAAGGAUUUUUGGUGAAAUCUAACCGAAACAAUUCUUAAGAUUGCAAUA